UCCGAUGCAUCGAUCUCAACAUGUACCAUACCUAACAAAUAAAAUAUCUGCUGGCCAUACACAUCAACAUUUAUGUGUAUAAUAUUUAAAAGUGAUAAAUCAAAAUUAUAUUUGUGAACCGAAAUUAAAUCUGUGAUUCACAUGUGAUUGUUCAUACGUACUUGGCCCAACAGCAGCAUCUAUCUUAAAUCAACAACAUAAACAGAAAUAUCGUGCUUUCUUUCAUUUUGGGGCAUGAAUUAAGAAUCUGUUCGAGGAACUUCUAUAAAUAAAUCUCAGAUACGUAUUGCUGUAUAUCACUCACGGACAGAGGAGAAAGGGAAAAAGAGUUGUUUCGGAGUUCUUUCUCUUGUUUGCGUUCUAAGCAAUAACUAUGGAAGUCAAGCAUGUUUCAAUUCAAGCAUUAGUUAAAGAGAUAAAGGAGGAGAUGUUGUUGGACAUCGAUGCUUACUCAUUUGUUUCCCCUUCUGCCUAUGACACUGCUUGGAUGGCAAUGAUUGAUCCUUUAGAUUCCGACCAGCCAUGGUUAUCACCCAUGUUCAAGGAUUGCUUGGAUUGGGUACUUAAUAUCCAGACAGAAGAAGGGUAUUGGGGUGAGUGUGACGCCCAUGGCAAUCCCACCAUCGAGUCUCUCCCUGCUACUUUGGCUUGUGUAAUUGCACUCAAGAAGUGGAAUGUUGGAAAUCAAAAUAUAAAGCGAGGAUUGGACUUUGUUCAUGGAAACGCCGAGAAGCUCAUUGGAGUAACUUACGACCACUUUCCUCGUUGGUUUACCAUUGUUUUCCCUGGAAUGAUUGAAGUUGCACAUGAAGUUGGGCUCGAACUUGCCUUCCCUUCCCAACUAAAUGGACUGUUGUUAGACAUAUUCCACAAACGGAAAAGGAUCCUUGAAACCGAGGAACUUGUUGGCAAUCAAUAUCCUCCAUUGUUAUCGUAUCUUGAAGCACUGCCUUCAUCAUAUGAUAUUAGUGAAGAAGACAUAACCUUGAACUUGAGUGGUGAUGGCUCAUUGUUCCAAUCCCCCGCGGCCACUGCACGUGCUUUCAUGGCUAGUGGAAAGGAGCAGUCUCUAUCCUAUCUGCAAUCAGUUGUAGGAAGAUGCGCUAAUGGAGUCCCACCAACUUAUCCCAUGGAUGAAGAGCUAAUAAAGCUUUGUCUGGUCAAUCAACUACAAAAAUUGGGGUUAGCUGAGCAUUUUACACAUGAGAUUGAAGACAAUUUGGCCCAACUUUACCGGAAUUAUAACAGCAAAGAGUCGAUGGCAAAACCAAGCAAUAAUGCAGAUGUCUCAACCCAGCUGCACAAAAACUCUUUAGCAUUUCGACUCCUCCGCAUGCAUGGUUAUAGCGUAUUGCCUUGUCACUACUUCAGUUGGUUCUUGAAUAAUCAAGAAGUUAGAGCUCAUAUUGAAGAAAAUUAUGAACACUUCUCAACCACCAUGCUCAAUGUUUAUAGAGCCACGGAUCUCAUGUUUCCAGGAGAAAAUGAACUUCAGGAGGCGAGAUCAUUUUCUAGGAAUAUGUUAGAGAAAGUUACAUCCAAGGAUACUCGCUUUAGAUCUGUCGGGCUUAAAAAAAUGAUGGAGCAUGAACUGAGAUUUCCAUGGAUCGCUCGACUGGAUCAUUUGGAACAUAGAAGUUGGAUUGAAGAGAAUAACACCGACAUUUUGUGGGUAGGCAAAGCCUCCUUCCACAGGUUGUCACCCCUGUUGAAUAAGAAGCUAAUCCAACUUGCAAUGGCGGAUUACGAGUUUCGGCAGACAAUAUACAAGAAUGAGUUGGCGGAAGUGGAAAGGUGGUCCAGGAGCAGUGGUAUGAGCAACAUGGGAUUUAGUCGAGAGAAAACUACAUAUUGUUACUUUGCCAUUGCCUCCAGCAUUCCACUGCCAUAUGACUCUGAUCUACGGAUUAUAAUUGCAAAAAGUGCUGUUGUGAUAACUGUUGCGGAUGAUUUUUAUGAUAAGGAAGGUUCUUUAGAUGAGUUGAAUAGCCUCACUGAUGCAAUUGGAAGAUGGGAUGCUAAUGGAUUGAGUGGUCAUGGUAAGACUAUCUUUGAUGCCCUUGAUGAUCUCGUCAGAGAAAUUGUAACAAAAGUUAUGCAACAGCAGGGAACUGAUAUAACAAAUUUUCUUCAGCAGAUAUGGUAUGAAACGUUUGUUUCAUGGCUUGUGGAGGCAAUGUGGAGCAAGGGUGGAUUUCUUCCAUCAAUGGAUGAGUACCUUGGAACUGGAAUGGUAUUCAUUGCUGCACAUACCAUGGUUCUUCCAGCUUCCUGUCUAUUAAAUCCAAGCUUAACCGAUUGUAAAAUCAGGCCAGGGGAAUACGAGAGUCUUAACAAAUUACUGAUGCUUAUACCUCGUUUACUGAAUGAUAUACAGAGCUAUCAGAAGGAACAACGAGAGGGGAAAAUGAACUAUGUAUUGCUCUAUUUAAAAGAAAAUCCAGGAGCAGACAUUGAAGAUUCAACUGCCUAUGUGCGAGAAAUAAUUGACAAGAAGUGGGGAGAGUUGCUCCAACAUGUUCUGAUGGAUGGAUUCGGACAAUUGCCCAAACCGUGUAAGCUUCUUCAUCUAUCAUGCGUGAAAGUGUUUCAGACGUUCUUCCACUCAACCAACAGGUUUGAUUCCAACACAGAGAUGCUACAAGACAUCCAAAAGGCAAUCUAUAUCCCUCUAAAUGUUGAUUAACCUC